AUGACCCUGCCCUCCGAUCCAACAGAUGCGACGACCUCGCCGGCGUCUACUUCUUCAUCGUCCGCUCUCCCGCCCUUGGAGCCCAUACUGGUCAAGUACCGCUUCCCAAAGACGUAUCGUCAUCCAUCUCUCACCGCCUCUCUUACGGCCUCGCGCACCGUAGCCGAGGUGAGGGCCUUGGUACGGUGUACUAGGGGUGGAGUCAAUGUGCCCAGGGUGAAGAUGGUAGACGAAAAGGUGGGCAUAGUAGCCAUGGAGUGGAUCGACGGAAAGAGCGUAAGGGAGCUUCUGGGAGGUGGAGACGAAGGCGACGAGGUGGCCCAGGUCGAAGUCGGAGCAACAGAGGCAAGGGAGCAGGCCACAGAGGAGGCCAGGCAGGAGGAAGAUGAAGUGUGGUCAGACGAAGAACAAAUAUUCCUCAUGUCCCUCGUCGCACGCCAAUUGGCGCUGAUGCACGCAGCAGACGUCAUUCAUGGAGACCUCACCACCAGCAACAUGAUGGUCAGAAGCGAAGCAGCUGUCGCACCACUUGCGACACAGUCAUCGCUACCUGUUCCAGCAAGUGUACAUCAAAAAGAAGUGCUUCUCAUCGACUUUGGUCUUUCCCAUACUUCCCCUGCCGCGGAAGACAAGGCUGUAGAUCUGUACGUCCUGCAGCGUGCCUUCACCUCCACCCAUCCGCACUCCACCCACCUCUUUCAAAGGAUCCUAGACGUAUACGCCACGGAAAACCCCUGGAAGGAGAUCUCUAGAAAGUUGGACGAUGCCAGGUUGCGGGGACGGAAGAGGAGCAUGGUAGGCUGA